CCGGAGUUCUCUUGUGCCUGUGCGUAAUGACGCAUCUGUCCUCCAGCUCCAAUACCCCUCCUCCCUCCUGACACAUCUGGAUCUGGCUCCUCUCAUCAGCACCACUCAACGCAGUGGGGGUGAGGGAGAGAGAGACAGAGAGACGGAGAGAGAGAGAGAGAGAGAGAGAGAGAGAGAGAGAGAGAGAGAGAGAGAGAGAGAGACGGAGAAGCCAAGUCUACCUCGGUCGGUGCAGCCUCAUCCACAGCCAAGCAGAAUCAAGAAGAGGAGAGCGGAAGGACACCUCACCUGCUCACAGACAAAUUGCAUCCCCUCUUUCCUCCAUCCGUCACUCCAGCUUCUUUUUUUUCCUUCUCCUUCUCUUCCCUCCUCUUCAUUCGGGUAUGAUGAGCUCCAGCCUGCUAGAAAACCCGGUGCAGGCGAUUCUGUACCUGCGGGAGCUCACCACCAUCGUGCAGAACCAGCAGAGUCUCAUCCAGACCCAGCGCGCCCGGAUAGAGGAGCUGGACCGGCGGGUGGACGAGCUCAUCGGCGAAAACAGGCACUUGCGGGACGUCAGGGUACAACAGCAGAACCCUUACUAUCACCACCAUCAUCACCAUCAUCACCCCGACCCCAGCUGUCUUCACCAUCACCACCAUCCUCAGGACCCUCAGCUCAAGACUGGUGCGGGGUCUCUGCCAGAACAUGCGGUUGCACCAGCACAGGUCGAGGCGACUCCGGAGGUCCAACCAUCGCCUCCCCAACCUAUGGACCCGGGGGACAUGCAGCUGGUCCCGGCUGAUCCGUCCACGGUUUCACCGGUUGAAAGUGACCCGGAAAACGCUGGAAGUUGCCACAGCUGCCGCUCUUUGGUUCAGAUGACCCCGACAACCCUUUGUCGAUCCCUGGCCCUGGCUAGGAAAUCCGAGAGUGAGACUGUGCUGCAUCAGUUUUGCUGCCCCGCCCCUGAACAUCCAGAGGCUGACACCACUGGCUCCUCCGGUGGACAGAUGCUGAGCCUGGAGGAUGGAACAUCCUCAGGUGGUGGACAGGAAGUGGAGGGGACCAAGAGGGAGGGACCCAGCGAGUACGAGAUCAGCCUGGAGAACAAAAACAAACAGAUAGAAGAGUUGGAGCAGAAGUAUGGAGGCCAUCUCAUAGCGAGGCGAGCGGCUCGUCGCAUCCAGACAGCCUUCCGUCAGUAUCAGCUCAGCAAAAACUUCCAGAAGAUCCGCAACUCUCUGUCGGAGAGCAAGUUGCCUCGUCGGAUCUCCCUGCGCCAGCCCAGCCCUUCAGGCCGAAACAGGAAUGCAGCCCAGAGACACAGUUACAGUCUGCAUCCAGGGGGAGGACAGAUACCUCUGCGCUCCAAAACUCCCCCUCCUCCCCCGUGUCGCUCCACCUCUCUGCCCCCUUCUCCUGCAUCUGCCCCAGCAGCUGCAUCCUCUUCUGCCCCAACCACAGCCUCACCUCAAACCCCUGGACCCACACUCACACAGCUAGAGGACUGCUUCUCUGAACAACUGCACUCCUUGGCCCAGUCGAUCGAUGAUGCCCUUCGUGGUUGGAGCUUGUCGGAGGGUGGAGAGGGGAAAGGGCUGCUGAUGGACCCCGGGGCACUUCGUGCAGCUGCUGAGAGCGCUUGUCUGCCUCGCAGUGCCAGCUCGCUUCUCAUGGCCUUCAGGGAUGUCACGGUUCACAUCGACAGCAAUAGCUCCUACACCAUCUCCUCUGCCACCACCACCACGACCACCACCUCUAUAGGCAACGCAGGUGGGGGAGAGCCGGGCAGCAGGAAGACCUCUUUGAGUGGAAUGGCUGGGGGUGGAGAUGGCCAGUCAGUGGAGGAACCAGAGUUUCCUGCCCCUCCUCCCAGUGAGGAGCUGGAAAUGGUUGAUCCGGGAUCCAGGAGGGGCUCCACAGUGCCAGCUUCGGGAGGAGGAGGGUUAGAGGGGGAGAGCGGCUCAGACAGACUGGGGUCCACUUCCACUUCUACCUCUGCUUCCACCUCAGCCCAGUCUAACCAGCAGCCCGCUCAGAUUUACACCCAGUACCAGCAGUACCACUACACUCAUCCUCAGCAGAUCCCUGGGGGACCGAGCCCUGAGGCCCUGCAGGCCCUGGUCGUCUCUCUGCCCAGGGACCGCUGUCAGGAUCCAGCUUCGUGCCGCUCGCCAACCCUGUCCACAGACACACACCGCAAACGCCUCUAUCGUAUAGGACUCAACCUCUUCAAUGUGAACCCAGAACGAGGCAUUCACUUCCUGAUCACACGUGGUUUUGUCCCAGACACGGCCAUCGGAGUGGCUCACUUCCUGCUGCAGAGGAAGGGCCUGAGCCGACAGAUGAUUGGAGAGUUCUUGGGGAACAGCAAGCUGCAAUUCAACCGAGAUGUCCUCGAUUGUGUUGUGGAUGAGAUGGAUUUCUCAGGCAUGGAGCUCGAUGAAGCCCUGAGAAAGUUCCAGGCUCAUGUCCGUGUUCAGGGAGAAGCACAGAAAGUGGAGAGACUCAUCGAAGCCUUUAGCCAGAGGUACUGUAUGUGUAAUCCUGAUGUGGUGCAGCAGUUUCACAACCCAGACACUAUCUUCAUCCUGGCCUUCGCUGUGGUCCUCCUCAACACUGACAUGUACUCGCCCAACAUCAAACCCCAACGCAAAAUGGGCCUCGAUGACUUCAUACGCAACCUAAGAGGUGUGGAUGAUGGAGCAGACAUCCCCAGAGAGAUGGUGGCAGGCAUUUAUGAAAGGAUCCAACAGAGAGAGCUACGCUCCAAUGAAGACCAUGUCACCUACGUGAGCCGUGUGGAGCAGUCCAUCCUGGGCCUAAAAACUAUCCUCGCUGUGCCCCACAGACGUCUAGUGUGCUGCUGUCGUCUGUUUGAGGUGCCUGAUGCCAACAAGCCUCACAAACAGAAACUGUCCCAGCUCCAGAGAGAGGUCUUCCUCUUCAAUGACCUGCUGCUGAUCCUGAAACUGUGUCCCAAGAAGAAAAGCUCCGCCUCAUACACCUUCUGCAAAGCUAUGGGUCUUCUGGGAAUGCAGUUUCACCUCUUCAGCAAUGAAUACUACGCCCAUGGCAUCACCAUGCUGAGCCCGUUUACCUCAGAGAAGAAGCAGCUGGUGAGCUUCUGCUCCCCGAGUGGAGAAGAGCUCAGGAAAUUUGCAGAGGAGCUCCGAGAGGCCAUAGCAGAGGUCAACGAGAUGGAGCAGAUACACAUCCAGUGGGAACUGGAGAGGCAACAAGGCAUCCAGCCACACGGCAUACACACCAAUGGCGGGCAAGUGGACACACACACAGGACACGGCUCUCCCUCAGGCCAACAGGAUGUGUACGAUAAAACCGGCAACAACAACACAGUAGAGGUGUCAAUUCACAACAGGCUGCAGACCUAUCAACUGAGCCAGCCCAGCAUUGAGUCCACGCCUCUGGCCCUGGCUGCGCCACCCGCCCUGCUCAGCCCUGUCCAGCCCGGAGAGCUCCGCCCAGAAACGCUCAUCCAGUGCCAACAGAUUGUGAAGGUGAUCGUCGUGGACCAGAGCGGGCGAGGGCGGAUGGAGGCCUUCCUGAGCCAAGGCCCGGCCACCCAUCAGCUCAUCCAGUCGGCCAUGUCCACACCUGUGCGCGUCAGAGAGGGGGACGGCCCUCAGCCCCCCCUGCCGCCUCCGCCUCCACCUUACAACCACCCCCACCAGUUCUGUCCCCCUGACUCACCCAUGCCCCUCCACCACACCAUGCCUCUCACACGCAGGCGCAAUUCCAGUGGCUCCCGCAGCAUUGUCUGAGUCCUGGGCUACUCUACGAACCCUGGAGGGAAGACAUUACCCUCACAUAACACACACACACACACACACACACACACACACACACACACACACACACACACACACACACACACACACACACACACACACACACACACACACACACACACACACACACACACAGACACGCUGGAGCACUAGUUGACUCACUUUGAAUGGUAAGAUAAAAGCAUUGCAAAAAAAGUAAGGAAUAUACUUUGAGUCACAUGAAGGGACGAAGGAAAAGAAAACCUACAAGAAUCUAACCACAGUCUUGACUGAGCAGUGAUGUUUCUGAACACAGAGUGGUUUCGAGGCCAUUUCUUUGUCUCCAACAUGUCACCUGGUAGCUGAUGAUGUUGUCUGUGUCUCUUUAAGAGAUCUUCUGACUUUGCAUUUUUAAAUGUCACCUGUCCAACAGACUUGUCUAUGGGCUGUGACCCUGAAAACGAGAGAUUAUGUCAGAAGAGCGAACUCUCGCAGCCAUGGAAGGACAUGGGAUCACUUUAAAUAUUAACGACAAAACCAUGUCUUCUUUUUAUUUUCAUUCAAGAUAUCGCUGUUAAAUUCACACCUCUUUGUUGGGUCCAGGUUGCCAGUAUUAGAUACCACCCUCAGUGAAUGAUUUCAUCACAGCUAAUAUAGCUUCUUCACACUGUAAUAACUUUUUUUUUCUCAUCUCCUCAUAAUGUGAAGAAACAGGAGUAUCCUUCGUUUUCUAAGGAACAUAUGCUCAUUAUGCGCGAGGAAGAAGGCAAAGAAAAAGGUAAAAGGCUUUAACAUCUCUACCCUGUCAUGUACAGUGUAGUAAGCAAGGAUAUUACUCACUUAACUAACCUGAAACCAUAUCCUGACGACAAUCAUGUUUUUUUGUGCUUCUUUGCAGUAUUUUUCCUACCUUGUGUGUAUCUUCACAGUGGUGUGUGACUGCCCUGAUUCUGUGGCGUUUUGCUCUCACGGAGCUCAGGAAAGGAUUUGCUGCACUGUAACAUGUAAUAUCUGCCCCUGUGUUGUACUGAGAGCUGAGUGCUUGUGUACUGUGUGUUCAGUGUGCUUACUCAUGGGCAGCAGGGAGUAGGGCUGGUAAUUCAUCCAAAGUAAGGCUAAAACAGGCAAAUGAAGCCUUUCUCCUCCUGUACAUUUACUCCUAAUGGGUUACCUAGUGUGAAUAUUAAUGUUACCUUUGGAUUUAGGCAAUAUCUCUGCCCAGAAAACCCUUAGCUUUAGUUUGAAAAUGAAUAAAAAUUGCUCCACACAGGGUAGACCGAGGUCACCUUACUCCCUUUUCAUGAAUUUUAUUUUUCCUUGCACACUGAAAAUCUUAUAUAAGCAGAGAUGCAUUCCUUUACUGAAUGUUAAAUCAGGGGGAAAACUGAAGAUGUCCAUGGAAUGAUUAUUGAAUUUAUCGGAGUGUCGUCCGUCAUGGUUUCGAGCUUGAGCCAGUUUGUACAGCAGAUCACGAACCAUCCAACUGAGACACACCAAACACGUCUUGUACCUUUUGCACCACAGAAUAUAUUGGAUAUAUUGUAAAUAGAUAAUAUAGAUUUAUUCUGAAAAAGUGGUUUGCCCAGUGUGUGUAUCUACGUAUGUAUUUGUACAGAGAAGAUCUAGUUUAAAAGAAAAAAAAGGAUAUUAUAGUUAUUAUAGUUAUUAUUAUUAUUCACAUUUAAUAUCAGGGGGAGGGUCCUAAAUCCUAUUGCUACAAGAGACGGGAAACAGGCAGCUUUUAUAAAAUUCACUCCAGUUACCAUGGUAACACACACUGAUAUUAUUACAGAUCUACAUGCAUCAUUAAAUUACCAUGUCAUAUUAUUACAGGAUUACUAAGAGAUGGCUGUGUCACCUGUUGAGGUGUGUAAAGGGCUAUGCUGUAUUGGAGAAUACGUACAGUAAACCACAGGUCAUACACACACUCACACACACACACACACACAUGAACACAUAGUUAUGUUAUACAAGUGGACACAUACUCACACAGCCACACACACUGACACACAAACAUGCACAUAGCUGCCAAAGCAACAACAAAUCCAGCUUAGAUGUCACCUUAGAAACUGCUUGAUUUCUCCAGUCAGAAUCCCCACUAUGUUUACUGUAAACUCUGACUGACUUGUUCUAUACAGCAUGAUAUUGUUUCAGUUUUUUUUUGCUUUGCAUUUUCAUUUGCAGUACAAGGGAGGAGUUUGAUUAUAUGUUUGUAUCAUUAUUGUCAGGGCAUGUUGGGUUGAUUGAUGUCAUUUUCUCCACUCUCUCUACUUCCUCCCUCCUUUCUGCCCGACCCCCUUUUCCCCAACCCCUGGCUUCUCUGUGGUUGUCAUGGAGACGCACCAAUCUGCAUCCUCACUGUGGAGCGCUGUCAUUAAUCUUUGCACCCUCACAAUAUUUAUAAAAGGAGAUUUCUUAAAGAUCAACAUGUUUACUAAUGGAAUAUUUCUAAUUUUUUCUGUUUGAAGAGAAUGAAAGAAUAAAGUAGUUUUUACUCUCUG